AUGAAGCUGAAGCGCCAAUGCUGUGAAGCUUUGCGAUAUCCAGGGUACUGGGCACGGAUGGAAGUACCUUCACUUGAGUCCUUCCUUCGUUUCCGCCAAGGGUUCAACCAAAAACCCAUGCUAGAUAGAAUAACAGAACAUCAUUCGUAUGAACGCGAACUAAAAACGAUUAAAACGUACUAUCCGACUGGUCGGGUCAGCGAGCUCGUGUCGAAGGCGCUCACGUCUUUGCCGUCCGAGAUAAAGUCACUGGCUACACAAGCCUUUUGGAACCAGCAGGCACAGCUGCAAACACUCAAUGAAAAGCUUCGAGUCGAAAAGUUGCGCGGUGCCACAUUGCUCCUUGAAAGAGGGAAUGACUACUUGGAGAAAUCUGCCGUCGCGACCCAAGAAAUCCAACUGCAGACAGUACAGUCGUUAAUCAGUGCAGGCGCAGAAGGGGACCACGACGAUGGUCAAGAAGAAGUACCCAGUUUUCCGUUAAAUAGUCUGCAACAGGAAGUCCAUUUUGAUUAUGAAGCCCAAGAAUCAGUCGAUGAGAAUGAGAUAUCAUUUGGCGAAAAGAUAACUGCGUGCGAUGAUGAAAAUUACCCGUCUUCUGAUGACGUCGAUUGGGAAGGCGUGCAAAAGCGGGUAGAAAAUUAUCGUAAUAGUAUUGCCGUGGACAAGCGUCUGUACAAUCCGCUCUAUUAUUACGUCAUUGACCACUCAAGGCAACACAUCCCAACGAACAAUGUAUUAGAUACAGAUUUUCAAAAAAUAAGCAAUCAAGCGAAUAUCGCAUUCGAUGUUGAAUCUUGGGCAUUGUCCGAAGACGAAGGCAGAUUCGUGGACCGUCUUGUGACAUCCGAUGACGUCGAUAAUGUACCUUUGCAAGAAGGCAACGACAUACAUAUAAAGAAUUUAGUGCGAACCCUAAAGGUGAACCAUGCAAGGAAUCGGGAAUUCUUAUCGGAAACGCACCAUGCCAUAAGGAACUUACUCCCAUUUGUAGACGCAACGAUGGACCGACGUGGUUCAAAAUUAUAUAGAGUCGAUUGGGGUGAACAAACACUCUAUGCGUCUGCGGAACGUCGAAAUAAAAUGAGGGAUCCACAGCUGAGCUCGCUGGUGGGAGUGAAGCCUGAUUGUAAGAUGGUUUGCACGACGGCAUCGUGGAGAGUGGAAAUAGGCGUUGGGGAAGUCUCUGGGGGGUUGCCCGAAUGUUGUCAUGCUAAGCUGUGGCACGACAAAGUAAAGCUGGCGCUCGAACUUCGUGACAUGUGCGUGAGCAUACAAAACCGUUUGGGUCGCAUUGUUCCAGUUUUUGGUUGGCAAUUACAAGGAUUUCAUUUGAAGGUGUAUGGCAUGACCCUGCACCAGGGUUUUUUCCAUCUGAAACUUCUCCACGAAAUCGAUUUGCCGAGCGGCGAGGACGACUUGUAUCUUGUCGAGGAUGGCAUUAGAGUGUUUCGCGCGUUCAACAGUAAGAUGGAGGAUACGGUUAAACGUAUCAGGGGAAUUCUGAAAGAAAAAACGAACGCCACGCGUAAACGGAAGACCAAUACUUUGGACGCGAGUAUGCAACGACCUAUAACGCCGCCGCCAUUGAAUCAGCCACCGAUCGUGCUGACACCAGCUCAGAAACAGCGCAAACGAAUGGAAGACGAAAACGAUU